UGGUGCCUGGGCCCCAGAACCUGACCGGCGUUCUGUGGGCGAUGGGUCCCCGCACCAACCUCAUGUCUGUGACCUCUGACACAACCCCACCACUGUGGUAUAAAUGUAAUAAAAAGCUCAGGGUGUGAAACUGGAGGUGAAACCUGGCAGGAGAGGUGGUGCAGACCACAGCCAGGGAAGUCCCAUCCCAUAGAGAGGGCAAACACAGCCCUCAUUCAGGGUCAGAGUCACAGCUCCCCCAGCCCAUGGCCAAGCACAGCCCCACAGCUCCCCAAUCCCCACAGCUCCCAAUCCCCACAGCUCCCCAAUCCCCACAGCUCCCCAAUCCCCACAGCUCCCCCAGCCCCAGCCUAUGGCCGAGCACAGCCCGCAGGACGCAGCGCAGGCAGCAUGCAGGCAGGACCAUGACAUGCACUCUGCAGCACAGUGAGUUGCAGGCACCCAUAGGGGGCUGUAGCUGCUGUUUCCCUGCAGGCACUGCGGACGCUGCUGCUCGGGAAGGCAUCGUGCACCUUCAGCCAGGACUGGACACGGGCACACUUCAGGUUCCGUGAGCCGCACUCUGACCUGGCCUAUGCUCUGGAGGCCGAGAAGGGAGGAACGAGAGCCAUUGUGAUGGCUGUACAAGCAAACAUCAUUAAAUACCUGCUCUUCAUGAGGAACACAGAACACACUCACCUGGAGAGACUGCACAAAAUCAGACAGAAGGAGCAAGGAGAGGCCCUGGCCGCGGCACUGGCGGACAGCCUGUGGGCAGCGGGGGACGGCCGGAGAGCCGCUGUCUGCAUCCUCACUGCAGCCACCCACUGCUCCCCUCCUGCAGGCUACAAAGCUGACAGCUUCACUGAGCGGAUCAACCUGUUUGAGUUCCCCGAGAAAGCAGCAGCUCAGGAGUUCAUCUUUGACCACAUUGGCUGUUUCAGAGAUGAAGGAAGUCACGGACUGAUCCUGUUUUUAUACAGUUUACUUUUCUCUAGGACACUGAAAAGGGUCCGGGAGGAGCUGGGUGCCACAGCACCGCAGCUGUUGGAAUGCAGCUCUGGAAACGUCACCUGCACGCAGGUUGGCAGCAUGCUGAAAACUCCCAAGUUCCCCAUCUGGCUGUGCAGCAUCAACGGGACUCACAGCGUCCUCUUCAGCACCAACCGGCUGCUCCUGUCCGACUGGAAGAUGGAGCACAUCUUUCACCUGUAUUUCUACACUGGGCAGUGCAGGCAGACGAGAACAGCCCACCUGACCAUAGGAGCAAAGUGCCCCCAGGCACCCGCACUUCCCAGAGCCCCACACACCUUCAGAACCAUGUUUCACUUCCAGAUACCCACUCGCAUCACUGGGAAGAGGGCCGCAGCGAGGCCGCGAGCAGCCCGGGGAGGAGGGCUCCAUCGCUGGAGAUGGCCAUCAGGACCAAGUGGCCGGGGGCGGCCGUCGGAUGGAAUGGCACGCAGCCCUUCUUCUGAGCUGCCCCUCCCCCCCCCCCCCCACCCACCACCAGCACCAGGACUCUCGGGGCCGGGCGGGCCGGUGUCCCCGCAGCACCACGAGCUGACCUCGCUGUUCGAGUGCCCCGUGUGCUUCGACUAUGUGCUGCCGCCCAUCCUGCAGUGCCAGGCCGGGCACCUGGUCUGCAAGCAAUGCCGGCAGAAGCUGAGCCUCUGCCCCACCUGCCGGGGCUCGCUGACCCCCAGCAUCAGGAACCUGGCCAUGGAGAAGGUGGCCUCGGCCGUGCUCUUCCCCUGCAAGUACGCCACGACGGGCUGCUCGCUGACGCUCCACCACACAGAAAAGCCAGAACACGAAGACAUCUGUGAGUAUCGGCCCUACUCCUGCCCGUGCCCUGGUGCCUCCUGCAAGUGGCAGGGAUCCCUGGAAGCCGUCAUGUCCCACCUCAUGCACGCCCACAAAAGCAUCACCACCCUUCAGGGAGAAGACAUCGUUUUUCUCGCCACGGACAUUAACCUGCCAGGUGCUGUUGACUGGGUGAUGAUGCAGUCGUGCUUUGGUCAUCACUUCAUGCUGGUGCUGGAGAAACAAGAGAAGUACGAAGGUCACCAGCAGUUUUUUGCUAUCGUGCUGCUCAUCGGCACCCGUAAGCAAGCAGAGAACUUUGCAUACAGACUGGAGCUGAACGGCAACCGGCGCAGACUGACCUGGGAGGCCACCCCGCGCUCCAUCCACGACGGGGUGAAUGCUGCCAUAGUCAACAGUGACUGCCUCGUUUUUGAUACCGCUAUAGCACACCUUUUUGCUGACAAUGGGAACCUUGGAAUUAAUGUGACCAUUUCCACAUGUUGUCCGUGAUAGAUUUGUGUAGUUAGCGAAACGUCGGCUGUCUGGGCACAGUGCUUUAUGUUACUGAGAGCUUUCUUUCUGUUCUGGGUUUUUAGAUGCUAUUCUGCUGUCUUUGUGUAAGUUAAAGUUCCUGACUAGCCAACGUUUAUAAGUUUGGAGAGAAGAGGAACAAGUGUGUCCUGUAAGUAAUAUAAGCAAGGAGAGUUUUUUUAAAUUCUUGGGUGCCUUAGGAAGAUUUUCCCCAUACACAGACACCUUUUUAAAUGUAAUUAAUUUUUAAAAAAAAGAGUGCUUCCAUUGGACACGUGGCUUGAGAGGUGUGAAAGACUGCAUUCCUGUUCAGAGCACACCUAGAAACCCUUUCAAGCAGGAAAACAGACUUGCUCUCACCAGUGAACUUCAGGAGUCUUUAGUAGGUGGGAAAAGAAUAAAAUCCAAGCAGCUUAUCACAAGAGAAGAGGCUCGAAGCGUAUCAAGAGGUACUUCAGCGUUGCUAUUCCACUUCCUGCUGCCUUAUUUAAAAGGAUGGGCACUGGAUCAUUUGCUGCCUUUAAAAAAGAAGAGGGGGAAGGGAGGACUGGGGCGAAGCCCAGCAGGUCUCAGAGCAUGGGAAUUGCUGGCUGUGGUCUGUGUGAGGGACGUAAGGGAACCCUGCACACAGCACGGCUGGUCACAGCCAGGUCCUGGUGAUGGCAGAGGGCACACAGCAUAAUAUUCCCAGAUAGCUAGAGCCAAUAAUACAGAAAUAUAUUCAGGCUGUCCACAUGCAGCUUCCCUUGGAGACAUACUUGGUCAUUGUAAAAGAUUAGAAUAAUACAGCAAGAGCUUUAUGGCCAGUGUCAUGUCGUUUGCUAUUUAACUUUUGUUGCCAUAUUUACUUUUAUUUUGUAAUAAAUAUUUUGCAAAAACACCA